AUGGUAGGCAGACGGUCUAUCGGUGGACUGCGUAGUGGUGGCAUUAAAAAGGAAGAGAUUUUGGUGAACGUUCAAGUGAACGGUAACGACGAGAUUGACCUGGUGCCCGUCGACAAGAGUGCGGAUUAUGGCAGUGGAUCGAGCGACGAUCGGGAUGGUGAUGAGGAGGACGAGGAGGAAUACGUCGAGCUGUCCGACAAUCCGGACUCGGAUCCAGAUUUGCUCGAGACGGCCGAUGGGCGGCUGAUACUGGACAUGAAGCGCAGCAAGUACUGUGGAAAGUGUAAAAAGAUUUUCAAAACCUCAGCGGACCAAAAAGCACACAAACACAAGUGUCCGGGUGUUGUCGAUGAGGUGCAGGACGUUAUCCUGAAGGAGCGCAAAGCGGCCAAACAUGCGAAUCCGGGCGAAGAGUUCCACAAGUACUGCAAUCCGAACCCGGACAAUCCGUGCUAUUGCUGCGGGGAAGAUGUUAGUACCGCCCACGUCGGUCACAUCCGGUGCAAAUUCUGCCCGAAAUCGUUCAAAGCGUACGAGUACAUGGAACGUCACAUAAGCUCGAUCCACUCGGAAUCGGAUUCGUAUCCGUGCUGUUACUGCAAUGCCAAAUGCAGCUCGCAAACGAUCCUGGACGAGCAUCUGAAAACGCACGACGAGGGCAAACCGUACGCUUGUAUGGCCUGUGGGAAAGAUUUCACCCGUCGCUACCAUCUGGACCGGCACGAAAAGCACACCAAGUGUGGCAUUGUCCCGAAGGAGGUGGAAGUGUUGCCGUGCGAGGUGUGCGGGAAAGAGUUUACCCGCAUCGACAAUCUGCGCGAACAUUUGCGUUCCCAUCUGGGACAGGGUGCACGGAAGCGGGACUACCAGUGUCCGUACUGUUCGAAAUCAUUCUACGGUUCAUCACUGUUGAACAUACACAUACGCACGCACACGGGCGAGAAACCGUUUCCGUGCGAUCUGUGUCCGAUGUCGUUCCCGUCCACUGGUGCCCUGCGGAAGCAUCGUCGCAAGCAUACGGGCGAACGGCCGUACCGGUGCGACGAAUGUUCGGCAACGUUUGCGGCACGUGAAACACUAAACCGGCACCGGAAAACACAUACCGGUGAAAAGCCACACGAGUGUCAGGAGUGUGGUAAACGGUUCAUUCAAGCGACCCAGCUGCGGACACACAUGCUCAAUCACAGUGGUAAAGAUGCGUUUGUGUGCCGCGAGUGUGAUGCGACGUUUAAUCGCAAAGCCCGCCUGACGGAACAUAUCAAGUUUAUGCAUAAGGGCGAACAACCGUUCGAGUGUGAGAAAUGUUCCAAAACGUUCCUGCGCAAGGAUGAUCUUGCACGGCACGAGCUGAUCCAUUCGGAUGUUAAGCCCUACGAAUGUCUGGUGUGUAGGAAAUUUUUCACAACCAAAAACGCUAUCCUGUUGCACCAGCGGACACAUAUCGAGGAAAAUCCGGUACAGUGUACGGUUUGCUCGGGAACGUUUAAACGGGCCGACUGUUUGAUGCGACACAUGCGUACAAAACAUCGUGACUUUUUUGAUAAAAUCGUCGGCGACACGGAGAAGGAAAAGAUGGAAAAACUGACCGCAAAGCGUGAAGCCGAAAAGGAAGCAAUGGUAGAAAUAGACGGUGCAGUCUAUCAGAUCACCACGAUGGAGGAUGAGCCUUCGAAAGAGACCGCCUACCCACUCACCAACCAAACGGUGGAAGUGUUUGAGGUGGUCGAGAUCCCGGCAGGCACAUCCGAUACGGUACCAGUCACAUUGCCGACCACCUCGGUACCAUACGAGUUGGUACCGAUUGAGGAUGACACGGAAGUAGUAAUAUCAGGCGAAGAGUGCCGUACAGUGGAGUCGGUCGAAAAAACGACACAAUCCCCACGGGUGGUGACUGUAAAGCAGGAAGAUGAUUCGCCGACGAAAGGCAAAUCCCCACCCAAACCGACUGUACAAACUGUCGUUUCAAAACCAACCGAACAGAUCGCUUCGAAAGUGGUGGUUAGCAAGGUGGGCGAAGAAGAACCAUCGCGCAAGAGCGUUCCAAGCACUUCAAAAGCAACUCCUCCCAGUGGUGUUACGAUCAAACCGAAGUCGGAAACUACACCAGCUGCUGUGAGAUCCACGAAGGAAUCACCAGCGAAAGCGUCUCCUAAGCAAACGAAAGAACAACUUCCUCGCGAAAAGCGAGAAGAACCAGUUAACAAACGGACAAAGCCGGCCCAAAUCGGACUACCGACCGCCCGUCCGAAAGAGGCUACCAAGACGAAGGCGUCAGAGGAAGCGAAGGUAAAGCGCAAACGGGAACCGAAACCUCCCACACCGAAACGGAUGCGCACGGACGAGGACAGCAUUCCCAUCUUCCUGAGCGAUGAUAUGCUGGAGCAAAAGAUUUCCGAACUGCUGCAGAUGCUGAUGGGGGACGAGAUGCUGCGCAGCUUCGGGUGGCCGAACGCGCCGGUCGAGGUGGUGCUGGGACGCGUCAUCCAGGGCUGUGGCCAUCAGCCGGCAAAGGGUGAGGAGGUCGGCGAUCAUACGACGCGCAUGCGAGAGAACACCAAAAUUCUGUUUUCCGUCACGAUGGACGAUGACGACAUUAAGGCAUUGCUGAAUAAUCAUACGGUCGAUGAGGUGAUUAUGCACGUGCUGAAGAACAAAUAG